AUGAAGAAGACGAUGAGAAGGAGGAAGGAAGAGGAGGAGGAGGAAGGGGCCAGUGUGUCCAGUUUGACCACAGAGUCCAGUCUGAUCACAGCCCGGUCUGCGCUCGUGUUGCAGUGGUCAUGUUGGUCUCCGGGGUCCGUCUCGGGGUCCGUCUCGGGGUCCGUCCCGGGGUCCGUCCCGGGUGUGGUCCUGGGCAGCGCUCUGGGCUGGUUCUCUCUGUACCUGCUGCUGUGUGCCGCCUGCAGGGGGCGCAGUGCCGAGUGGAGCUGCCGUCUGGUCACUCUGUCCCACGGGAUCCUCAUCGUGCUCCUCACCGCCUACGUGGUCUUCAUCGACGGACCCUGGCCCCUCACGCACGCAGGUUGGGAGAACACGGAGCUGCAGGUUUUCUCUCUCUGCGUUUGCCUCGGUUACUUCCUGUUCGAUCUGUCGUGGUGCGUGUUCCACCGGAGCGAGGGCGCCGUGAUGCUCGCGCACCACGCCGCCAGCGUCCUGGGCAUCGUCCUGGCGCUGGGCCUGGGCUCGUCCGGGUGCGAGACCUGCGCCGUGGUGUUCGGCAGCGAGCUCACCAACCCGCUGCUGCAGGCGCGCUGGUUCCUGCGCCGCGCCGGCCUCUACGAGUCCGUCCUGGGCGACGCCGUGGACGUGCUGUUCGUGGCGCUGUUCGCCGGCGUGCGCGUGGGCGUGGGCACCGUCAUGUUCUACCGCCAGCUGGUCUCGCCGCGCCCCGCCCUCGUCAUGAAGCUGGGGGGCGUGGUCAUGUACGCGCUGGCCUGGGUCUUCAUGGUGGACAUCGCCCGCUUCGGCUACAGGAAGAGCCGCGCCAAGUACAGGAAGUGGAAGGAGCGAGCGGGAAACGAGCACGACUCUGACGCUCGGACUCACCCGCCACGAGAAAACCUCAAGUCUGAAUAA